AUGAAAAUUCAUGAUAAGUAGAUUUAAUAGCAGCUUCAUACAACACAUUAGCAGUCAUACUCAAGUUUCUCAAAGCACUCGGCUAUUCAAGGAAGAUCAGUUUAUCCAAAGGGUGGCUUAGCUUCGUCUGUAACCUCCCCUACUCACUCAUAGGAUGGCUUUAAUGGCAAAGAGAGGAAGGACGUUCACUUUAAUUUGAAAAUACAGACAAAUUAUAAUGUAAGCUCUUAAGAAAGAGUUAGAACAAGUUAGGUUCAAAAAAGGAGUCCAAUAAAAAUCCCAGGCAAUCUUUCAUCAAGUUAACUAAAUCAUAGAGAUUCAAGUCCUAACAUAUCUGUAUCGCGUUUGCUUAGGAAGAGAUUAGUCAUUAACUUAGAUAGCAACUAGGGUUCUACAAAUCAGCUCAAUCAAUCUGAAAGCUUCCAUUAAAAUUAACACUAACAACAUAAGAGAAAUGCAUCGGGCUUUUACCAUGCCACUCCUAAGAGAAUAACUAAUAAGGAUAGUAGCAAUAUGCUUCUGCCAAUGUACUCCUCUAACAACUCCUCGGUAAUAGAUAAUAAAUUGAAGGAGAGCAGUAACAGAUCUUAUAUGUACUUCAAUUAGCAUAGGCAAAGUACUGAAGCUACUUAAAGUAUGAUAGGAAGCUAGAGAGACAUGUUUAGUUAGAGAAACAUCCUUAAACGUAGAAAAUAAAAUAGUAUAGUUCAAGAGAGUAUUGAAUAUCAUUCAAGUGAGGCCAGAAUGUUUAGCAAGAAAAACACACUAAUGAAAAGCAGAAUCUUUGACAUGAAGAAAGAUUAAUUUGGAAUUAAUAAUAAUUCUUAAGAACGAAGAAGCAGAGCAGGCUCUAAUUCUCUAUCACCAAAGCACUAGAAAUCGUUAUCAAACAUUUUAAGACCUAUUUCUAAAGACUUAUCCCCUUGGACUUAAUGUGAAAAUUUGAUUAAUAACGAAUCACUUUAGUAUCUUGAUGAGAAAGAACGCAAAAAGGAGCAUAAAUUGCUGUUGGGAAACUUAGAAAAUGCUAAUCUAGGCAAGCAAUUGUUAGAUUAGAAAGAUGAGAUUAAAAGAAUGAUGAUGGAGACAAAUUAAGUUGUGUCUUCUCAUCAUGCUAGUAAUUUCAACUUUGUAGUUGAAGAUCCUAAGAAGCAAUCAUAUGUGCAAGUAAAGAUACAACCAUUUAUAAUGUAUUCAGGGAAAGUCAAGGUCUUUUGCCAGUAGUCUCCUCUUAGAAUUGAGACUGAAAAUGAUGACUACUAACUAGGAAUGUAACUUAGUCUAGAUGAUCAUACCUUCAGUAAUAUUAUUGCUAAAUUUUAGAAUUAGUACUCAAUCCAACUCCCCUUCUCAUAGCAUAAUCAGUAUUGCUAUAUAAAAUUCAAUGUAGAUUCUCAUGAUCUUGAUCUAUAGCCAAUUAAAUUCAGAUUUUUGUUUGGAUAACCCCCUAAAAAGAAGAAAAAUUCAAUAUCUACCUAGUCAACCAUAUAAACUUAGUUUGAUUCUAUUAAUCAAGAAUAACCAAAAAGAGUUGGAGGCUAAUUUAAGAAAAAGAAGCUCUUUAAAGCAAAAAUUAACUAAGUUUUAAAUGAUGAUAGCCAUUAAACUGUAGCUCUCAAAUAAAUGCAAGACAUCUUUAGAACUAAAAGGGAGAAGCUUUUCUCUAAUAAGAAUUUUAUCGAUAAUAAUGUCGAAAAAGCAGCUUCAUGGAUAAGAGAAAUUAUAAAAGUACUCUAGGCCAAUAUCAAAGUUAGAAAACAAGUUAAGGACUAAAAGUUGAGGAUUAGAUGGUAUGGGAAGCUACUUAAGUGGAAUAUCAUGAGAUUUGUUAAAUUUAAGGGGAAGAAGAAGGAGUUCAGAUUAAAAAAUACAAUAAGAGAUUCAUUGAUAUUUGUGGGAAAUUCAAAGUUUCCUUCGAUUGAGGAAUAAGCCAAGACAACAAUAUUUGUGCAAUAAAUCCAGAAAAUUUGGUAACAGUAAUGUACACUAAGGGAUAAGAGAAAAAAAGAACUCAAGAAAUUAUUUGAAGAUGAAAAGGAGAAACUCAUUGUUCACAUGAUAAAAAACAAGGUCGGGCCAGCAGGUUACGUUAAAAAGCUCAAGAAGCUAAAAGAUGAGCAGAGAGAUGCUUUGAUUGCUAGAUAUUACCUUAAGUGCAGAAUAGCACAUUGUGACAAAUUCUUUGAAUGGAGGACUUAAUACUUAAAACUAUCUUUAGAGCAAAAAAUUAUCAUAGAUAGUCAGAUUAGAGAUGCCACACUCUAUGACCCUGAUUUCAACUCUAUGAAAGUCACAUCAUUUAAGUAGAUUAGACUGCCAUAAAAUCUAGGCUUGAAACAGACAGAGUCACUAGCUUAAUUUGAGAAAGUUCUGCACCAGAUGUAUCCUGAUUCAUUCUAGCAAAAAAGAAGGUAGUUCAAAUCUAAGAUAGGAGCUUCAGACUCAGGGUUCUUUAUGACUUAAUAGCUUUUGGGGUAAAAUGAAAAUAAUGACUAAAAUAAUGGAGACCGUUCAGAGCUAGUUGAGAAUAUUAGAAUAAUGAAAUAUAUCCCAGAGCCAUGUAUUAUGGCAUUACUUGUAUAUAAAGCUUGUAACUUAAAGAAGGAGGAUUAUACCUAUGUUUUCUGA